AUGGCUCAGCGGCGCAGCCCUAGUCCUAGCGCGAGAGUGAAAGGAGGGAGACGCAGUGUUAGCCCUGAUCCGAGAGCGAGAGGAGGAGGAGGGAACCGCAGCCCUGACCCUGGGAGAGUGGAGGAGAGGCAUGAGAGAGAGAGGAGGGCCGAGGGGAAGGGGAGGGUUGAGGGAGAGGGGGUGGGGGAAGGUGUGGUACGAGGCAGAGGGCGGUCAGAUGAUUCUGAUUCGGAAGGGCCUGAUGGGCAGGGAGAGGGGGUGAAGGGGAGUGGGGGGGAGGAGAGAGGAGGGGAAAGGAAGAGGGCCAGGCGUGGGGUUGACGAGAUGGAUGAGGGGGAGGGUGGUGUGGGAGGAGGGGCGGUUCGGAAGGGUGGUGAGGGGUUGGUUCAGGGGGGUGGUGGUGAGAGAAGAGAUGGGGGUGAGGAUGAGAGAUGGAACGGGGAGAGGGAUGCAGGUGGGACUGAGCAUGGGCGUGUGGGAGGGAGUGAGAGUGGGAGUGAGAGUGAGGAGGGUCGUGGGAGUAGCAAGGAGAGGAAUGGGGGGAGGCGAGGACGAGGUGGGAGGGAGCAGAAGCAGCAGGAGGAGGAAAAGGAGCAAAAGGAGAUUCAUCGACUAGAGCGCGAGCAAGGUCUUCGGAAGGAGCUCCAGAGACGCAUGGCAGAAAAGAAGGUUCAUGGUUGA